UCCCUCCCUCCCUCCCUUUCUCCCUCUUGCGUUAAAAUGCCAUGCAAAAAUUUGAAAUUUGAGUGUCUAUGGUUCGAUUUUGAAGCUGGAAUGGCGUGCGCGGCUGCUAAAUUGGAGUUUUAUGGAGUGUUUAAGUGCUGAUUCGUCUCUAUUAGUGUUUUUAUGGGGUUUUUUUUGAGUUUUACUUCAUGAUCUGUCCUUUUUCCAGAUUACCUAUGGAUUUUGUUUGUGCUCUGUAUGAACUUUAUUUUUAGGUGGUUUUCGAUCGACCUGUCAAGUGUUUCUGGUUUCAAUAGCCAUUUUAACUCGAACACCGAAGUUCUGUUUCAUUAGGAGCUUUUGUGGGAGUUUGGGACUCAAUAUUUGAACUUUAAACGUUCUCUGCAAUUUAACUACUGGUUGAAAGGGCUCGCCACAUUUGCUGCUUACUUGUGUUUCCUUGCUAGUUCAAGAUGAUGCAGAGGCCUCUUCGCCCUGAAGAUUACUCUCUGAAGCAGACUUCUCCUCACCUUGGUGGCGGAGGAGCUGCAGGUGAUAAGCUUACCACCACUUAUGACCUUGUCGAGCAGAUGCAGUAUCUCUAUGUCCGUGUUGUCAAAGCUAAGGACCUCCCUGCAAAGGAUGUUACAGGCAGUCUUGAUCCAUAUGUGGAGGUCAAGCUGGGUAAUUACAAGGGAACUACCCGUCAUUUCGAGAAGAAGACUAAUCCUGAAUGGAACCAAGUCUUUGCCUUCUCCAAAGAUCGGAUCCAAGCUUCCAUUCUUGAGGUUCUAGUCAAGGACAAAGAUUUUGUGAAGGAUGAUUUUGUCGGGAGGGUUACUUUUGAUUUGAGUGAGAUCCCGAAAAGGGUUCCCCCUGAUAGCCCUUUGGCUCCUCAGUGGUACAGAUUGGAAAAUAAAAACGGUGAUAAGGUUAAGGGGGAGCUGAUGUUGGCAGUGUGGAUGGGCACUCAAGCAGAUGAGGCAUUCUCAAAUGCUUGGCAUUCUGAUGCUGCGACGGUUCCUAGUGAUGGCCUUGCUAAUAUAAGAUCAAAGGUUUAUCUGACACCUAAGGUUUGGUAUGUUAGGGUUAAUGUCAUUGAAGCUCAGGAUUUGCAGCUUAGUGACAAGGGCAGGUUUCCCGAAGUAUUUGUGAAGGCAUCGCUUGGGAACCAAGCCCUCAGGACAAGGAUAUCUGCAAUCAGGAACAUUAAUCCAAUGUGGAAUGAGGAUUUGAUGUUUGUAGCUGCGGAGCCAUUUGAGGAGCAUUUGGUCAUAAGUGUUGAAGAUAGGGUUGGGCCGAACAAGGAGGAGCUCCUUGGGAAGACUAUUAUUCCGCUUCAGAAUGUUGAUCGGAGGUUGGACUACAAGCCCGUGCCGAGCCGAUGGUAUACUAUUGAGAAACAUGUGGUCAUUACAGAAGGUGACAAGAAAAAGGAAUUGAAGUUUUCUAGCAGGAUUCAUCUUAGGAUAUGUUUGGAUGGUGGGUACCAUGUAUUAGAUGAAUCCACACAUUACAGCAGUGAUUUCAGACCAACAGCGAAGCAACUGUGGAAGCCAAGUAUUGGAGUUCUUGAAUUAGGGAUCUUGAAUGCUCAAGGUCUGUCGCCAAUGAAGAACAAGGAUGGAAAGGGAACUGUUGAUGCGUAUUGUAUUGCAAAAUAUGGACAGAAAUGGGUUCGAACGAGGACUAUAAUUGACAGUUUUGCUCCAAAAUGGAAUGAGCAGUACACUUGGGAGGUAUAUGAUCCGUGUACGGUUGUGACAAUUGGUGUGUUUGAUAACUGUCACUUACAAGGUGGUGAGAAGGCUGCAGGAACCCGGGAUUCCAGGAUUGGUAAGGUUCGAAUCCGACUUUCAACCCUCGAAACGGAUAAAGUUUACACCCAUGCAUAUCCUUUACUUGUUUUGCUACCUUCGGGAGUGAAGAAGAUGGGAGAGGUGCAACUUGCUGUCCGAUUUACUUGUUCUUCGCUGCUUAACAUGAUGCACAUGUAUUCGCUGCCAUUGCUUCCGAAAAUGCACUACCUUUUUCCCCUUUCUGUGACUCAACUUGAUAAUCUGAGGUACCAAGCUACUCAGAUUGUUUCAAUGAGACUUGGCCGCGCAGAACCGCCAUUGAGGAAAGAAGUUGUUGAGUAUAUGCUUGAUGUGGACUCUCACAUGUGGAGUAUGAGAAAGAGCAAAGCUAAUUUCUUCAGACUCAUGGGUGUAUUUAGUGGUGUUAUUGCAGUUGGAAAGUGGUUUAAUCAAAUAUGCAAUUGGAGAAAUCCUUUGACUACAGUGCUCAUUCAUGUCCUGUUUGUGAUUCUUGUUCUGUAUCCUGAACUUAUACUUCCAACAAUAUUCUUGUAUCUGUUCCUAAUUGGAGUAUGGUACUAUCGACGGAGGCCGAGGCAUCCUCCUCACAUGGACACCAGACUCUCCCAUGCAGAAACUGCUCAUCCUGAUGAGUUGGAUGAAGAAUUCGAUACUUUUCCUACUUCUCGACCCCCUGAUAUCGUCAGGAUGCGAUAUGAUCGAUUGAGGAGUGUUGCUGGUCGGAUUCAGACGGUUGUUGGCGAUCUCGCGACCCAAGGGGAGAGAUUGCUAUCACUGUUGAGUUGGCGGGAUCCAAGAGCAACUGCACUUUUUGUGAUAUUUUGUCUGAUUGCUGCUAUUGUGCUAUAUGUUACUCCAUUUCGGUUGGUGGCUUUUUUGGCUGGAAUAUAUGUGCUAAGGCAUCCAAGGUUCAGACACAAGAUGCCAUCUGUUCCUCUUAACUUCUUCAGGAGGUUGCCUGCUAGGACGGAUAGCAUGUUAUGAGAAGGUCAGAUCUGUCUUGUAUGGCUGAUUUUUAAACAGACCUUGAAUUGCUAGCUUCCUAGUUGUAGCUGGAGAUUUGUCAGCCUUAUCAUUUUAAAAUGAUCUGUAGCAUGUUCUUCUUUCUUUUUUUCUUUGCUGUCUGUUUUGUUGUGUUUUCUCAAUAUGUGAACUUAUCUGUUUUUUGUUUAAUGUUUUAUCAUAUCCUGUAAUAUCAUUUCGCAUGUUCUUCUUCCCCGUAUUGUUAGAAGUGAAACCAUGCCAGCCUAAA